AUGGAUCAAGAAGCUCUUCUAGCCGGAAAAACUACGCAUCAGCAGCCGAUAAAACGCAGUGUUUCGACAAUUACGAUCAUUCUAGCAAGUCAGGCGUUGGAGAAACUUGCAUAUUUCGGAUUGGUACCGAACAUGAUACUCUACUUGACGGCGGAAUACGGCAUGGGAACGGCGGAAGCGGUCAACAUCCUCUUCCUCUGGUCGGCCGUCACCAACUUCUUCCCUCUUGUCGGUGCUUUUAUGGCUGAUUCUUACACGGGUCGUUUUCCUCUUAUCGGGUUUGGAUCCUCCAUCAGCCUUCUGGGUAUGCUUUUAUCAUGGUUAACAACAAUAAUCCAACCACAAUGUGACAAAUCAACACACGUGUGCCAACCCACCACGCCGCUCCAACUUUUUCUCCUAUAUUCCUCUUUUGCCCUCACCUCCAUCGGUGCCGGUGGCGUUAGGUCCUCCUGCCUAGCCUUCGCCGCCGACCAGCUCCAACCUAACCACACAUCAUCAUCAUGUAUUGCCACGUCAGCCCUAGAAACCCUCUUCAACUGGUACUACAUAUCGAUCAUGCUUGCUUGCUUUCUUUCUCAGUCGUUACUCGUCUUCGUUCAGACAACGUAUGGUUGGCAGAUUGGUUUUGGAGUCUCUGUUGCAGCCAUGGGUCUAUCGGUCGCUUUGUUCUUCGCGGCUUCUCCGUUUUAUGUUAGGUUUAAGUGUGAGUCUGGUCACUCGCGGAAUCCAUGGAAGCUAUGUAGAGUGCAACAAGUAGAAGAUCUCAAAUCUCUCAUCAAUGUCCUACCCAUCUGGUCAACGGGAAUCAUCUCUUCACUUGUUACAGCUUGUCAAGUCUCCUUCAUAGUCCUUCAAGCCAAAGCCAUGGAUCGUCGCACUUUCAUUAAGGGUUUCGAGAUUCCUCCGGGAUCUUACGGCCUUUUCAUGGUUAUCUCCUUCGCGCUCUUCCUUGUUCUUUAUGAUCUUGUUAUCGUCCCUUUAGUUUCUUGGACUCUAAGAAAGCCCUUUCGAUUAGGAGUUAUGGUGAGAAUGGGAGUGGGGAUUGCAAUAUCGGUUCUAUGCAUCUCCACUCUCGCGACCGUGGAGUACGUCAGAAGAAAAAGAGCCAGAGAGGAGAGAGGUACGAAUUUGUCGGCAAUGUGGCUAUUACCGUACAUGAUAUUAGGAGGCAUUUCGGAAGCACUUAAUUCGAUAGCACAAAACGAGUUCUUCUACUCUGAGCUUCCCAAAUCCAUGUCAAGCGUCGCCACCACACUCUCCGGGCUUAACAUGGCCGCGGCAAGCCUUGUCUCCUCUUGGAUCGUUACCGUCGUCGACGUCACCACCUGCCGCAACUGGAUCACAGAGGAUAUAGACGAAGGGCACUUGGACUAUUACUAUUGGCUCGUUGCGGGCUUGUCUCUUCUAAAUCUUUUGUAUUUUGUUUUGUGUAGCAAAUCAUAUGGUACUUGUAAAAGAGAAGUAGAAAACUAA